AUGGCAAGUCAUCAGAGUUCUUAGCUAAAAUGUUUAGGGGACUGGAUUGGGCUUCCCAACAAGGAAAGGCUAAAUAAUUGGGCCUUUUCAAUUUAGGGGGACGUGCAAUGAAUGAGGUGGGCAUGAUCACUGUUUAGAACAUAAGAAGAGCCUGAUGGAUGGGCCCCAUGACCCCUGCUCUCACAGUGGCAAACCAAAUGCCUGUGGGAUCUGAGCACAAGAGCCCUCUCUCCUCCCGUGAUGUCCAGCAACUGGUAAGCAUUACUGUCUCCAGCUGUUGAGACAGAGCACAGACAUCAUGACCAGUCGGCAUCAAUACCCCUCUCCUUCAUGAAUCUGUCAAAACCUCUUUUAAAGUCAUCCAAGUUGGUGGCCAUCAUCGUCUCUUGGAGGAGUGAGUUCCAUAAUUUGACUCUGCGCUGCAUGAAGAAGUACUUUCUUUUAUCUGUAAUAAAUCUUCCAUCAUUCAUCUUCAUUGGACGCCCAUGAGUUCCAAUGUUAUGGGGGGGGGGGGACUUUUCUGUAUCUGCUCUCUCCAUGCCAUGCAUAAUUUUAUAAACUUGUCACCUUUCUCACCCUUUCUCUAUACUAAAAAGGCCCAAACGCUGCAAUCUUUCUACAUAGGGGAGUCGCUCCAUCCACUUGAUCACUUGGGUGGCCUUUUCUUAACCUUCUCCAACUCUAUGAUAUCCUUUUCGAGGUGAGGAGACCAGAAGUGCGCACAGUACUCCACAUGCAGCCACACCAUAUAACAGCAUUAUGACACUGGCAGUUCUAUUUUCAAUUCCUUUCCUAACGAUCCCUAACAUGGAAUUUGCCUUUUUCAUGGCUGCAGCACUCUGGGUCAACAUCUUCACAGAGCGCUCUACUAUGACCCCAAGGUCUUACUCUUGGUCCUUUACCUCCAGUUCAGGCCCCAUGAGCAUGUAUGUGAAGUAAAAAAUGUUUUGCUCCAACAUGCAUCAGUUUACACUUGUUUCCAUUGAAUUGCAUUUGCCAUUUUACUGCCCGUUCACUCAGUUUGGAGGUACUUUUGAAACUCUUCACAAACCCUUUUCAUUUUAACAACCCUGAACAAUUUAGUAUCAUCGGCAAACCUGGCUACCUCACUGAUCACUCCUAACUCUAGAUCAUUUGUGAACAAGUUAAAAAGCACAGAUCCCAACACCGAUUCCUGAAGAGACUCCACUUUCCACUCCUCUCCAUUUAUUCCUACGCUUUGCUUCCUGCAACUUAACCAAUUCUUGAUUCACAAGAGGACCUCUCUUCUUAUUUCUUGACUGCUAAGCUUACACAGGAGUCUUUGAUAAGGUACUUUGUCAAAAGUUUUUUGAAAGUCCAAGUACACUACGUCAACUGGAUCACUUCUAUCUAUAUGCUUGUUGACAUCCUCAAAUAAUUCUAAUAGGUUUGUGAGACAGGACUUUCCUUUCCAGAAGCCAUGCUGGCUCUGCUUCUGUGGGGCUUGUUCUUCUAUGUGCUUGGUUAUUUUAUAUUUAACCAUACUUUCCACCAGUUUUCCAAGGACAGACAUUAAGCUAACAAACCUGUAGUUUCCAGGAUCCCCUGAGAUCCUUUCUUAAAAAUUGGAUUUAUAUUGACUACUUUCCAGUCCUCAAGUAUGGAGGCUGAUCUGAGAGACAUUAUUUUCAUUAGACAAUUUCAGAUUUGAGUUCCUUGAGAACACUUGGAUGGACGCAGCAGUUGGUUGGUUUUUAUUUUGUCUAUUAGGCCUAGAACCUCAUAUGCCAUCACCACUAUCUAUCCUAGUUUUUCAGACUUUCCUCCUGCAAAGGUUACCAGUACUUCAGGCACUGGGAUCUGCCCUAUAUCCUCCAUUAUGAAGACAGAUGCAAAGAAAUCAUUUAGCUUCCCUGCAAUCUCUUUACCCUCCUUUACAACUCCUUAAACUCCCUUGUCACCCAAGGGUCCAACUGCUUCCCUAGAUGAUUUCCUGCUAAUAAUAUAUUUAAAAGCCCAGUCCUCAGCACCAAUUCCUUCAGCCCAAGAGGAUGCUGAUCAUUGAUUCUCACUGGAUAACUCCAGGCAUAGGAAGAGAGGAACCCGAGUUAUUCCAGACCAGUGUUUGGCCCUUUAGCCCAACAGUGUUAUUCCAGGCCAGUGUUGGGGCACUUGAGAUGUUUCAGAAUACCCUUCCCACCAGCCCCAGCCAGCACAGCUGAUGGGAGUUGUAGCCCCAAACAUCUGGAGAACAAGAGGCUUGCCAAAGGCUGCUCUCCUGGAUGCCUUGGGUUUUGCAAAGAGGAAAUUGCAAACGGGAGGGGGGGGGGUGAGAGAGAAACCUGCAGAGCAAGCAGAGGGUGUGUGUUGAAAUAAAAUGCUGGCGGAUCCGUUGUCCCCUUCCCAACCAUCUUUAGCAGUGUCAGAUUAAAUAUAACCACUGCUGUGUGUUCGGAAUACAUUACCCCAUUCUGCGAAACACAUCAGGCAAUGUUCUUUCAUUGUUAUAAAGCUUUAAUAUUGUCUCCUUCCCGAGGCCAUUGCUGAGGGUUGAGGCUGCCGCGUCCCCUUCCCUCCCGCUCCUUGCCUGUAGCGCAUCCAUUCAAAUUAGACAUCACAUCUGUCAUCCGCUCUCUCUCUCCUUUUGCAGCACCAGCCCUGCUCCAUCUUCUUUCAACUCUAUCAGACACCUCUGUUCAUUCUGUUAUGAUUGAUCUAACACUGACAAAUUAAUAAACACAACACAUUGGGCGUUGUGUUGCAUGAAUGCUUGUAAUCUCGGGUAGAAAGGAAGCUCCACAUUCGUAAGGCAUUUUUUAAGAAAUCAGAAUUGCAAGAAUUCCAGGAGAAAGGAAAGUGUUGUAACUGGGUGACCCCACAGUCAGCGGGGCAGUGUAGGGGCCACCGAUGGGGAGAUCUGAGCUAAGGGCAUUUCCCAUGGGUGCCCCUGUAGUUUGGGAUGCCCUAAUCCCUCUGAAAUUCACAAUGGUGCCAUCAGCUUCAAGUACCUCCUGAAGUCGUAUCUUUCUCUUCUUUUUUAACCUCUGCUGUUGCAUCUUGCUGUUUAUGUUUCCUGGAAGUAUUUCAUAUCAGUGUGUGUAUGUGUGAGAGAGAUGGUUUUAAACCAUGUUUUCAAGUUAUGUUUUUAGUUAUCUUGUACACCGCUUAGAUUUCUUGAAAAUGUUAAAUGGCCUAGAAAAUUUCCAAAUAUUUCCAAGUAUGGUUUUAGUUGGAGUUGACAAUAAACAGGGAAGACCUUUUUCUUUUUUCCUCAUUUCCUUUAUUGUACAACGUAAGUUGUGCUUUUAUACCCCAUUUGUAAGCUUACAAUUUUAUAAAUGUAUCCAUUUCAUUCACUCCAGAUUUUUUUUCUUUUGACUUUAUUCUCAGAAGUGUUUUGUCAUGAACGGAUCUAUUAUUUUGUUCAUAUUUCUUUUUCUCCUUGUGUGUAUGGUCUGCUUUUCUUGUUGAGAUAAACAAACAAUAUACAUAAAUAUAAAAUUUCCAAACACCGGUAAAUAAAUGAUGUGAAAAUAUUAAAAUUUGUCUUCUCUGACUAGUUGCAGGCCUUCCAAGUCUCUGGCAGAGGAAGGGUCCCUCCACACCCUCUUUUUAACUGUAGAUGAGCCAGGGAUUGGGCCAGGAGCCUUCUGCAUACCAAGCAAGUGAUCUCUCAAUCAGCUGUGGUCCCUCGCCAAAUCCUAAAACCCAGGUUCAGAGCAGAGUCUUGGUGGCAAAGGAGGAAGCAGAUCUGGAACGGGCCAUGGCCUUAACUGUGAAGAAUUCUGGGCAACAUGAAAUAAUCAGGAAGAAUAUAUUGCUUUUUCAAAAGGGUCAGCCAUUAAUAGAUUUUCUGUAGGGAAUUCUUUGCUGGGAGGGGGCAGAACUAUGAGUUGAUGGAUUGAUGGACAAAUCUGGCAGUGUUAGUUUCUCUCCCCCCCCCCCAGCCUGAAGUUUAGUUCUCCCCAUUCCCCCCCCCGCAGUCUGCGAUUUAAUGAAACAAAAGCAACCCAAAAUGCACCUGCAUUUUCUUGCCCAUUUCUCUUUGUAAACAAAUUUUUGCACACCUUUUUUCUUUUUUGUCUGCAUGCACAGUUUUGCAUGCAAUGUUCUCCACACACUUUUGGACGUGCAUUUUCACCAGUGCACACAUUUUUGCACACAACCUUGGGAAUGGGGAACUAACUGCACUGCAAAAUUUGGAGACAUACUUAAUUCAGAGCGUGGCUGCAUCCCAGUUCACCUGUUGGUUCAGGAAGGGGAAACGAGGUGGGUUCACACUGAAACAUGAAGAGAAUGAAUCUCUCUACCAGCCAGCAAUUCAUUUUCUCAUCCAGGCAUUUUACUUCAGCCACUUUCCUUUCCCCUCUUCACCCUAUCAGUUUACCAUCCAUAUAAAGGUCUGUAUAUAAAGGGGCAUGCUUCUUCGUGGUAGAUAAGGAAUACCCCGAUUCGUGCAAAGACACACGCACAACCCACUAGUAAAAAUUGUUCUUCUGUUACACUCGAAGGGGAAAGAAGACUGAAGCCCCAACAUCACAUGGAAAGGAGAGGAGAAAUCCCAAGUCUUUCAUCUAUAAUUUAGGAAAGUGGAUGCAGUUUGGCAACAGUUAAAAUGCUAAACUUCUGAUGCUUUUUGACACAUUUACAUAAUUGAUUUGCUAGAUAAUGGACUCCACUACCUUAUUUAAUAAACAUAUUAAUUAUUUCAGAUAACUCCCUCCCCCCCCAAAAAACCCUACCUGCCAUCUGCUGGAAGAAGGGCAACAAAUUAAUAAUAGUAAUAAUAAUUAAAGAGAAAAUAUGCACCAAAAGGCAUAUUCUUUCAGAAGGCAUUACAUGAGGUUUCAGUCAAUAUGUCACCCUGUCAUCACUUACUUACUAUCCCCUGCUGUACAUUUAGUGUUUUUUUAAAAAAUAAAAGCAAAACAAAACAACAUGUACAGUAUACAGCUCCCCCCCCCCCCCGGCAAUUGUGAUGUGUUCUGGAAAGUCUUGAGCAUCUGACAACAGACACCCAAUGCAGCUGGAAACUAGGGAGAGAGACACUGAGAGUGAGCUAAGUGUUCCAUCACAGGAGGUGCCUGGGGAACAGAAGACCACAAGAAGAAGAUAAGCAGGGGAGGGAUUCAGUCUCGAGGAAUGGGAUGGAAGAAGACAUCUCAGCCACAAAGUCUUCUUUGGAGCUGUAGGGAAGCAACCCGUCGCCUUUGAUUUCAUUCCUCGCCGGCUCAGAGAAGGCCCAGUAGACAGGAAACAUCACUUCCAAUCUGGUACACUCCACACCCGGGCACAACCAUCUUUUGUUUGCUUCCACAGCUAUAGAGGCUGCUGCUGCUGCUGCUGUGGACAAUGUCGGGGCUGUAAUUUGCCAUCGCGUAUCCCGGCGGGCCGAGGGAUUUUAGCUUCAGUGAGCAGCUAAGGGGUGGAAGGAAAGAGAUGCUAGCGCAGUCGCCCAGAACCGCUGCCCCCCACCCAGGGGGGGAAGACAUUUUCAGGUUCAGUGGGGUUGAUAAGUGCUCUCCUUUCUCUGACCUACUAUUAUAAACCAUGGUAUUUAUAGCCAGCACAUUUGGAGGCAUCUGAAAAUGAAUGGAAAGGGAAUCUAAACACGUCUACACAAACACACACAUCCACACAUCCACCCCAAGUUAGCCUAAUAGCUGAUAUCACCAUUGCAGGACUCAAAUCGAAUAUCAGCACUCAGCAGAGGAUUCCAGCAGAAGGUGUUUGGCUGUUUGAACUCAGCUAAAACAUAUAAUACAGAGAGAACGGCCAAUUUCCUUUCGGAAAAUUGGUCGGCACGCACACAGAAACGGACUGUGUAAAAACAACGAAAAAACGAUCCGGGAGCGGGCUGGUUGCAAAGACUGCCGAGCGGCCCAAGAGGGGGCUCCUUGCCCGCCCUCCCCUCAAAUUGCAGCAAUUGAUGCCAAAUUGCAGCAAUAACAAUAUACUGCAAAACAGACCCCCCCCCCAAAAAAAACACAAGGAGGGAAAACAGCCAGCAUCCUUUUGUCUAUACUUUGAAGAAAAAAUUAUUACAGGUAUUUUAAAAAUAGCUAUCCAGCUCCUGUAUGUUGGUGCUGAAGAGGAAAGGAUCAAUAAAAAACAGUGCCCUCUGCCACUGUUAGCUUCAGAGUUAGCGGGAAAGGAGCUGCAAUAGCAUGUUUUAGGGCUCCAAAGGAAAAAGUGGGGUGCAGAGCUUCUGUGCAGUAGCUGAGGGCCUGUACAGGCAUAAUCCUGGCUCCUGAUGGCUGUACUUUGCAAAUCAAGAGCCAAAUUGGGGAAUCAUGAUCUUCCUUUAUCUCCUCUCCAGCUCCUCUCCCUAUCCUUGUUUGGCUUAAUCAUGGGUUUGUGUAAGCUUUCUGCAACCCAGUGCCCCUCUAAAUGUUUUGGACCAUUGGCCACAUCACACCUGCCCCCAUCCAUCAUCAGGUUGUGGGUGAGUGAUCUCUUUUGAACUGACCUGGCAUUCAGUGACAGCACCACCAGAGAGGAUGGGGUGGUUGCUACGGCUGCAUCUGUUCUGUGCGAUGAGGUGUUGACUACAGACCCCAAUUCCUGCACUUUUCAGGCUCUUGGAGGGGGUGAUGGUAUUCCCCAGCACAACGGGGGAUGAAGUUGGUGAGUGCCAGAGAGCCUUCUUGGAAGUGGGACCAAGGUUACCGAAUGCUUCACUACGGUAAGAGAUCAAAGUGGCCCCUUCUGCCUAUGCCUCUAUACGUCAUCUAAAAACAGCUUUGUUCAGGUGCACCUUUCCAAACUGGCAGUCAAGGGUUCUAGCCAGCCAGCCUUGUCAUGUUUGUUUCCAUACAUUCCAUUACAUCUCCACUCCCUAGACAUCCAUUUUACACACAUAUCCCAGCAAAACAACAACAACAACAAAAACUGCAUGUAUGCUAGGACUCAAAUCCAUUUGCUAUUAGCAUAUGGGAUAUACUACAGUAUAUGAGUUCUGGGGUUCCAUUGUGGAAGCAAAAGGCAGGAUAUAAAUGUUUUAAUUUUUUUUAAAAGGCACUUAACAUUUGCAAACCCUGGUUUGAAUGGAGCCCGUGUUACAGCUGCACCCGCCACCAGAGGCACGGGGGGGGGGGUAGAAAAGGAACCUCUGAGAAAGGCUUGAGAGGGAUGUUUGCUUAAUUAGGAAACCAGACACACAGGCAGCGCAUGCAUGCAAAACUGCACCAUUUGCGUAUCAUUAUUACCUUGCUAUUCCCCACACAAGCUAUAUCAAGAGUAGGGAAUAGGAUAGUAAUGUUAAUAAUUAGCAGAGAUUAUAAAGGCUUUAACAUAAGUUGCUCUCGGAAGCUUUUGCUGGCAUGGAAGAUCAUUGUUCCUCUGAGUUGUGGGCGCAUAACUGGGUAGAAGUUCAACAGGUGGAUCAUGCAGACACUGUCUGCAUGUUUCUAGAAUCACCCAGAAGGGUUGGCUAAACUACAGAACAGCCAGCUUUCUUUUUUAACGUUAGCCAGAUAGCGUGCUCAUUCCCCAAUACGGCUCUGAUUCAGUUUCACUUCUAUCACUAUUGGGAGAAAAGAGUGUUUUAAGCCGGAGCUCUCCAUUCUCAUAGUAAUGGCCUCACCCAGCAAUGGGAAGAAUGUGGCCCUCCAGAUUGUCAUUGGACUCCAGUUCUCUUCAGGACCAGACACACACACACACACACACACACACACACACACACACACACCGUGAUGCAUAGGUUCAUCUGAACCUAUGCUUACACACAUGCUUUUUACCUGUGCUUUAACGCUCCCUGCCCAAGCAGUUCCCCCUCCCCUCUCCAGAGCUUUUCCUGAAACAACACGCUUGUGAAAACUGAAUCAGAGGGUUUUCUGCUGAUUGAUGUUUGCUCCAACUGAGCUUUAAAGAGUGGGUUUCCACAGGGAAAGCGCCCAGGCUAAAGAAGAGGGAGACUCGGACAUGGAGUUUUAAUGCAGUUGUUCAGGUUCUAGAUCUUAAGCAUGAGAGACCUUCAAAAUGCAAAGCCAUUUCUAAUUUGCUUCCCAAAUCCUCAAGCUCACCUGCUAUGAAAAACUACUGAUCAUAGCAACGGCCAUAUUCCAAUCACCCCAUUUCCCUGCAUUUAAUAUAAAAUUAUUUGCACAGAAAGGCUAAGGUACAAAUGAGUUUCAAAUCAAGACAGAAAUAAGUGCCCAGCAGGACACACCAGAAUCUGCAGAUAGCGAGGAUGACAACUCAUAAUUAAAAGGACACCAAGCAAGAGAGAAAAGAUACAAGGCAUCAGUAUUCAGAACACUUUAAAAAAAAAAAAUGUGGAUUCUGCAUGCAAUGGAUGCUGUCAGCUAUAAAACAGAUCUGGGAGAUCCCCAUCACAGAACUGUGUUGCAUUGCAAAUGGCCCAGCCCAGUGGGAAACAUCUUCCAUUCAAGAACUCCAGGGAAUGAUCCUGGCUCAGUGUUAAGAGUGCCUGCUUUGCAUGCAGAAGGUCCCAGGUUCAAUCCUCAGCAUCUCCCUGCCCGAAACCUGGAGAGCCACUGCCAGCCAGGGGAGACAAUACUGAGCUAGUGAUCUGACUCAGGAUCAAGGCAGUUUCUGAUGUUCCUAAGUUCCAUAGAAAUGAAUGGGAUCUGAGCAUGUAUACCGCUGAGCUAGAGGAAGUUUUGCAGCUGAAUUGUUAACCAAAUGUCUGAUCCCAACAUGAGCACUCGCCUCUUUAAAGCUCUCAUGAAGCCAGCGCAUUUCAAGUAACAUGAGCAAUGGAUCUCUUUCCUGCCUUUGGAGGUAAGACUAGACAUUUGUAACGCCACUAUUUAUGUAAGCCUUCAAUGUUUCCUUUUUUUGUACUUCAACGUCUUAAUUCUGAUGGCUGCUAUGUACUCGUUGUGUAGUUCAUUAUUCAUUAUUUUGAUUUACUAUUUGGUUGAACUCUGGGUGGUUUUAUAUUUUAUCACUGUCAUUUUUUAAUUAUUAUUACUAUUAGCUGCCUUGAACAUCUUCUGAAAAAUAGAAAGGAUAAUAUUUUUCUUAAAAAUAAAUAAAUGAAUGAAAUGAAAUGGAAAAGACUGUUGUAAGAUAUCUGGCCCUCACCUUACUAGGAAGUCAUAAAAAAGAAAGGAAUGUAGAGUAGACCUAUUUGUAUCAAUGAACUUGUUGAGCCAUGACCAUUGAAUUUGAUGAGUAAACUUUGAGCAUGACAUCAUUGGAUGCAACAUCAUCAUGCAAUCUAGUGCAUUUCAAGCUGGGUGUAAUACCUUCACUAGGUGAAAUAGUUACUUGUUUAUAAAAAUGAUCUGGCAAAAAAUGAGAUAUAGAUAGACAGAUAGAUAGAUAGAUAGAUAGAUAGAUAGAUAGAUAUAGAUAGAUGAUACAUACAUACAUACAUACAUACAUGAUAGAUUGAUUUUAUAUCUCACCAUGUUUUCUCUCUCCCCCAUUUUAUCCUCACACUAUGGAAAAGGUUAUGCUGAGAGGCAGUGACUGGCCCAAGGUCACCUACUGAACCUGAGUUCACUGUGAAAAAAGGAAGCUGGACUAGGUAAGAACCUCAGAGGUAGACUACCCCAAUACAUGGAAGCUUCAUUUGUCUAACAUGACUGGUUGCUCCUUCAUAAAGCUGGUGUGGUAAAGCAGUCAGUGUGCUGGACUCUCACUGGGAUUCAAAGCUAGCUGCAAAGGUCAGUGGGUGAGUGCAGGCAUACACAGACACACUCAUCUAUUUCAAUAUCAUCUAAAUCUAUAUCAGCCUCACUUACCUCUGAGAUUGGACAUAAGGAUAAAACUUCGGGAGGAAUAAUAAUGCGUACACCCUGUCCUGAGCUCCUUGAAGGAAGCGGGGGGACCUAAGAAUGUAAGAGCCUGCUGAUCAGGCCAAUGAUCCCAGUAGCCAGCUGGAUGUCUUAAUGGGAAACCACCGUGGUGGCAGGGCAGGGCCUGGCUAGUAGCCAUUGACAGCCUCAGAUGGACCUUUGGACUAAUCCUGCAGGCCUCUUCCUACCUUCUUAGGAGAUGUUAUCCCCGGGCGUUUAAAAAGAACCAUCAGCACUUUGGACAACAUCUGUUUAUAUAGAAUAAAUGGGAUUGUGGCAAAAUCCAUUGGGAAUGUCUCCUGCACAACACCUACCAUUGCAGUGGAGGAGGCCCCUAUGCUGUGCACUUGAGCAGUCAACAUUCAGUUCAAAAGGGCUUGGGCAGGAGACCUUCCCUGGGGAUGAGGCCCUCACUUCCCGAGAGAGAUGUGGGCAAGCAGAUGAGAUGGGACAGUCACAAAGCGUAUUUCAGGCGUGGCAUGAAAGGAGAUAUCAGGCAGCUGUUGCAACACAGCUAUUGGUCAGGAAAGCAUCACACAUAUUGGUAGUGAAUCUGAUUCUCAGAGGGCCAAUCCAUAUGGAAUGGACAGAGAGAGAGACAGAGAGAGAGAGAGAGAGAGAGAGAGGGAGCGCGCGCUAUGGAAUGGAGUGUCCUGGAAGGGGGCAGAACCAUCUGGCUGGACAGUAGCCCCCUACUGAGACACUGGGUUGCAGAUGUUAUUUUCAUACUUUUAAUCGCUUCCGCAUUGAGUAGAAUUGCCUUUCCUCCCCCCACUCCCACUGCACUUCCCCUUUCAUAAAUUGAAGUGUUCCAGUUGAACAAAUCAAGCAGCAUAUUUACUCCAUAUGCUCAAUUAUACAUGUGCUGCUGUGUUCAAUUAUACAUGAUGGAAGAGAAGAUGGAGAAAUGCUAUUGGGUGACAGAGAGAAGGCGGAAUUACUCAACACCUACUUUGCCUCUGUCUUCACCCAAAAGAAAAGUGAUGCCCAACCUGCUGAUAAUAGAAUAAAUGGUGUAAGGAGGGAGCUGCAGCUCAAGAUAGGAAAAGAGGUAGGAAGGAAACCCCAAGCUACUUUAAAUGAAUUCAGAUCUCCAGGGCCCGAUGAGCUGCAUCCAAGGGUACUAAAGGAGCUUGAGGAUGAAAUUUCAAAGCCUUUGUCUACAAUCUUUGAGAAUUCUUGGAGAACAGGUGAGGUCUCUACAUACUGGAGGCGGGCAAAUGUUUUCCCCAUCUUCAAAGUGUGUGUGGGGGGGAGAAGACCCAGGUCCUAGAACAGAUAAUUCAACAGUCAGUCUGCAAGCAUUUAGAAAAGGAUACUGUGAUUACUAAGACCCAGGAUAGGUUUCUCAAAAAUAAGUCAUGCCAGACUCACCACAUUUCUUUUUUUGUUGGAAUUACCAAUUUGGUGGAUCGGGGGAUGCUGUGGACAUAGUGUAUCUUGAUUUCAGUAAGACUUUGACAAAGUCCCCCAUGAUACUAUUUUGAGGAAACUGGGGGUGCUCAUCUAGUUUGCAGAUGACAACAACUAGGAGGGUAUGAUAUUUUUGUGAGGAAGCUGGUAAAAUGUGGGUUGAACAAGGUAAUUAUUAGGUGGAUUUGUAGCUGGUUGAUGGACCGGACCCAAAGAGUACUCAUUAAUGGUUCCUCAUCAUCCUGUCUUGGUCUUACUGUUGUUCAACGUCUUUAUAAACAAUUUGGAUGAAGGAAUUGAGGGGGUUCUCAUUAAAUUUGCAGAUAACAACAAACUAGGAGGGGUAGCUACAGUAAGGCUGCAGAAGGCAGAAUCACAAUUCAAAAUGACCUUAACAGAUGGGAGAGUUGGGCGCAAGCUAACAAAAUCAAUCUCAAUAGCAACAAAUGUAAGGUUCUGCACUUAGGCAGGAAGAACCAGAUGCACAAAUAUAAGAUGGGGGUCACCUUGAUUACUUACAGCACAUGUGAAAAGGAUCUAGGGGUCUUGGUGGACCACAAGGUGAACAAGUCAAUAGUGUGAUGCAGCAACAACAAAAAGCUAAUGCUGUUCUAGGCUGCAUCAACAGUAGUGUCCAGAUCAAGGGAACCACUCUAUUUUGUCUUGGUCGGAUCACACCUGGAAUACUGUGUCCACUUCUGAACAUCACAAUUUAAGAAGGAUGUUGACAAAUGUGUACAGAGAAGGGCAACCAAGAUGAUUAAGGGUCUGGAAACUAAGUCAUGCAAGGAGUGCUUGAAGGAGCUGGGUAUGUUUAGCCUAGAAAAGUGGAGAUUGAGAGGAGGUAUGAUAGCCAUCUUCAAAUAUCUUAAGGGAUGUCAUGUGGAGGAUCCAGCAAGCUUGUUUUCUCCUGCUCUGGAGCGAGGGACUCAAACCAAUGGCUUCAAGUUACAAGAAAGGAGAUUUUGACUAAACAUCCUAAACAUCAGGAAAAACUUUCUGACAGUAAGAGCUGUUGGUUAGUGGAAUGUUCUACCUCAGAAGGUUAUGGGCUCUCCUUCCUUGGAGGUUUUAAAGCCGAGGUUGAGUGACCAUCUGUCAUGGAUAAUUUAGCUGAGAUUCCUGAAUUGCAGGGGGUUGGAAUCUCACCUUAGUGUCCCUUCAAUCCCACCCUUAGUGUCCCUUCAAGCUCUACAAUUCCAUGAUCCUGUUAUUCUAUUACCAUUGGUUAUAGUGGCAGGGGCUGAUGGGAGUUGUAGUCCAAUAAGAACUGGAGGGCUGCCUUGACAAAGGCUGGGCUACUUGAUCCUUUGCUUGACUGGAAGUGUCACGGGUUAAAGCUGGGCUCUCUGCAGGAAAAGUCUUGAUCACUGAGCUAUGCCCUCCUAGACCAAGGAUAAACGCCUCCCUCCCAGACCCAACAUGCAGUGAACAAAGUCCUUCUUUAUGCAGCCCAUAGUUAAACUAUGGAACUCAUUCCCACAGCAGGCAGUGGGGACCACCAACUUGGAUGGAUUGGACAUAUUCAUGUAGGAUAAGGCGACCAUGAUGGCUAUGCUCUGUCUCCAUGACUGGCUACAGCAAUGAUUCUGAACACCAGUUGCUUGAGACUGAAGGAGGGAAAAGGGCUCUUUGCUUGGGUCCUGCUUGUCAGUUUCCCACAAGCACCUGGUUGGCCAAUGUGAAAGCAGGAUCCUGGAUGAGAUGGGUCCUCUUUGGCCUGAUCCAGCAGGCUCGUCUUAUAUUCUUUAAAAGUAUGGCCCAGCAACAGAUUCCUCAUAGGCAGCUCUCCUCUCCUCUGUUUCAGCUCUAAGAACUGGGGUGGAGAAAGAAGCUUGAAUCCUGUCAUCAGCAGACAUUUCUUCAAGCAAACGCACAGAGUGAGUUAUUGGCUUAUCACCUGCAUGGCUGUCAUCCUCUGAAACCCAAACAUGGUGACAGCUUCCAACACCAAGGUAAAAUAAUCAGAAAAUGAUUUUUUCCAGCAUCCAUUUCUCACAGUGUCCAACUAGAUUAGUAAAAGUUGCACCCAAUUAUGAGUAAUUUAAUAGCCCAUGUGAUAGGCCUGCCCCCCCCCCCCCGAUGCUUAAAUGAUGCCUUGGCACAUGAACCAACAUGUUAAAAAAACAACAACACUGACAGUCCUGUAGGAUAACUAGCCUCAUAUAACCAGCAUGCUUAAGUCUAAAUGCAUGAAGGGGUUAGGACCAUAGAGUAAUGUGGCCUGCUAGGCUUAGCUAUGUCACUUCCCUUUACCUUGGGAGAAAAUGAGUCAUCAAGUUACGGUUGUACCCAGUCUACUUGAGAAGCUCAGCGUGUGAAACGGUUUGAACUGGUUGCUGUGGCUCAGCCACAUGGCUCUCAUCAGGAACUGUUGAGUUCCAAUACCAAUAAUCUAGGAUCUUCUACCACUUUGUAAGUAAACUACAUUUUACUGCCUAUGCAACUUUUCUGACUGAUGGAUGGAAAAGCACAUGAACCAGACCUUUGAAGAAUUAGUAAGUAAACCAUUUUUUAAUUUACCAAACCUGCAGUCUUUUCCUAUGCUGGGGGAAGAGGUAAACUUUUAAGGAACUUGGAAGGGCAUGUUUUAAAAGUCGAAACCUAUAUUUCUACGCUUUACUUUGCGAUUUUAAAUCUCCGCUGAGGUUCUCUCAUCAAAGAGAACUUGCCCCAAACUUGGAUAUUGGUACCUAGGAAAUUCUCUUUCUCUCUAUAUAUAAAUGUACCAACAAGAACAAGUACAGAAGAACAAGCACAGAAGCAUAGGCUUAAUAGUUUCUUCAGGCUGAGUCCUGCUUGUCUUGUUUGAGUGAGACUCCAAUUAGCCAUUUAUUCCCCUAUAAACCAUCUUGAGCAGGUUGACACAAUGCUGCUGCUGGUGGUUCGAGCAUUGCUAACAAGCAAUUGUCUGCCUGCUGUUUCUUUGGGAGCAGGAGGAAAAGAUUUUAACUUCUCCUUAGCACACACAGUUAACAGCCUAUGAGCACUGAGAGUUGGUGCUUGCUUAGUUAAUCUGUAGGCUAGAUUACCUAGAUUAACUAGGCUCUCUUUACUGGGAGGAACAUUGACUAAUUUUGGGAAAUCCUGGGGGGAAUAACCCUUCUCUCCAAGCAUGCAAAUGGUUUAAAUGCUCCUCAAAACACUUCUGUGUUCCCUUGUCUGUGGCUCCUGCAAAAUGUCAUUCCAUUACCAUGUCCUUUGCCCUCACUCACCUUGGCCUUAGUUGCCCACACUGCCACUCAACCCAGUUGGCUGCGGCCACUUAUGUGACUCCCUUUAUCCACCUGUGAAAACAUCACAUCAGACGCUAGGUUUAACAUCAUAGGCAAAAAUUGUUUGAGUCACUAUAACCAAUCAGACGAAAUGGCUGCUGAGGACAGUGAGGGCAAAUGGGAGUAGCAAAGAGGAAUGUCAGCAGAAUUGACUACAUCUGCCAAAAAAUUCCCAGAGUGGGAGCCACUUGUUGAGACCAACAAAAAUAAACAUGCAAAAAGAAAAAUCCAUUUUCUGCUUUCUACUCUCCAAUAAUCAAAGGCAGGAGACAAAGGUUUAAGGAAGAUUCACAAACAAGUAGAGUCGCUGCACAGAGAACAGAACAAAUUUUAGAGCAAUUUUGGGGAAAUCUCUCCACUCAGAUUCAAUCCUUUUUUGGGGGGUGGGGAGGGGAGUAUCAAAAUUUCUUUAAUCUUGCCUACACAGAAAGGUCAGAGAAAGCCAUGUAUUCAGAAGCUACAGCAACUAUUCAGGAUUAGCAGAAGGUGUUCUGACAUCUGCCUCCUGCUGGUCCUCUCAGUCUUCCUUCUGAAGCAUGCAAUGCUAACAACUGUCAGAUGCAGGAGGAUGGAUUAGAUCUAGGGCAGCCAUUCCUUUGUCCUGGUGUUUUUGGCACUGAGUCAACAGAGCACUGACACUCUCUUUUUUUAAGAAAAAAAAUAGUAUUUAUUAAAGUUUUAAAUUUACAAAAAGGCAAAAGAAAAAACACCAAAUUAAACAAUAACAAAACCAACACAUCACAGUAAAAAACCGAAAAAUAGAAACAAUUAUAAAAACAAAAGAAAAAAGAAGAAAGAAAGAAAAAAAAACCAGUUCAAACCUUCCCAUAACUUUUCUUUCAUUUGCUUGUUUCCCUGACCUCCUCACACCUCCCUUUUUUGUAUUCUAGGUCAAUUAUCCAUUUCAGCAAAUCCUUUCCCUCUCUUCAAAAUUUUUAUCCUGAAAAUUUAUCUUGAUCUUGAUAUAAGUUUACUUUCCCUCUUUUCACCAAUUAACAGUCUAUUUUUCUUUAACUCUUUGAUACAUUUUUGCUAGAAUCACCUAGAAUCAUUCCAACAUCAUUCUAACAUUCAUUAAUUUUACAAUGUUUCUGUAAAUAGUCUUUAAAUUUCUUCCAAUCUUCCUCCACCGACUCUUCUCCCUGGUCUCGGAUUCUGCCAGUCAUUUCCGCCAGUUCCAUAUAGUCUAUCACCUUCAUCUGCCAUUCUUCCAGAGUGGGUAGAUCUUGUGUCUUCCAGUACUUUGCAAUCAGAGCACUGACACUCUCCCGCUGCAGCCAAAAUGAGGGCAGGGGGCUCUUGUUCCUCAAAUGUUGUCAGGCUCCAACUCCCAUCUUCCCUGACCAUGGGGGGGCACUCCAAGGGGGGAAACACAAUGCCCAAAUUUCCACAUGUGCAAAAGUGAAACACAACUGCUUAGGAAAAGCACCAGGCUGCCUCCUUGGACAUAUUCUCAGCAGGGCUACAAAAAGUUGAGCCAUAAUGUUACUCAUGAAAAGAUCCAUGAUCAGGAGAUGACGCGGGAGAUCUCAGGCCGUUGUGGCUUUUUUGUUUUCAUGCAAGUGAGAAAUGUCCCCCCACCCACUACAAAUAUAGCCUUUCAAGAUAAAAACACUUGAGGAUAUACAUGGCCAUUGCCUACAGACCAGUGAUACAUAAAUGUUGGGUUGACAGCCAUCUAUGGUUUAAUCAUGGGACGCGGGUGGCGGUGUGGGUAAAACCUCAGCGCCUAGGACUUGCCAAUCGCAUGGUCGGCGGUUCGAAUCCCCGUGGCGGGGUGAGCUCCCAUCGUUCGGUCCCAGCUCCUGCCAACCUAGCAGUUUGAAAGCACCCUUAAGUGCAAGUAGAUAAAUAGGUACCGCUUUAUAGCGGGAAGGUAAACGGCGUUCCGUGUGCUGCUCUGGUGCCGGUUCGCCAGAGCAGCUUCGUCACGCUGGCCACGUGACCCGGAAGUGUCUGCGGACAGUGCUGGCUCCCAGCCUCUAGAGUGAGAUGAGCGCACAACCCUAGAGUCUGUCAAGACUGGCCCGUACGGGCAGGGGUACCUUUACCUUUACCUUUAUGGUUUAAUCAUGGAAGUUCUCUGGGUGGAAGCUCAAUCUGCUACUGGCAACUGGUCCAGUUGAUGACAAAACCUAAGGGUCAGUGGGAGGGAGAGCAGCUCUGGGUUUUCAGUGGAUCCCCAAAGUUACUGCUGAUAAAUGGUUUCAGUAUCACAGUUCUUGCCUUGCACUAACAUCCACCUGUCAGGCCUGAGAUAUUUCUUGGGUUAUUAAUUGCAUUUUAACCUCACUCUUCUUCAAGGCUCAAGGUGUUGAACAUGGUUCUUCCCCACGCCAGGAUUGUAACUCUCACAACAAUCCUGUGAGGUGGGUUAAAGCUAGGAGGGAGUAACUGGUCCAAGGACAGAACUUGAACCCAGGACUCCCUGCUCCUAGUCCAGCUCCCCGUCCUCUAGAUCACAGCAGCUCCGUGCUGUUGACUUGCAGGCCUAUAAUUCAAAUAUUCAGAAGCUAGCAGGUGGCCCAAAUGGCAGAACAUAAAGAAGCGGCAACGUGAACGUACAUAUAGGAAAGAGUAAGUCCUGGCACCACACCAGGUUCCACACACAGCAAAGAUUCAGUUUUGCAGGGUCUGCAUUAUCUCUGUUUUAGGAUUAGUGCAAUGUGAAACACAGCAACUGCUGUUAUGUAACUCAACCCUCAGUAUACAGUUGUCAGGCUGGGUAAAUUUAACUCUGCAGGUUUAGGACAUGAGGCCUCUUGCCAAAGAUAUGUCUCUGUCAAGUGAUCUGUGAGAUUUAAAGGCACCUUGCUCCUGCUUCUAUCCCUUCAUGUUAAGGUGAGAUUCAGCCUGGCUAUUGGGAGCUUUAAAAAAAUUUAAAAUCUCUGUAUUAACCCUUUUGGUGCCGUAGCUCGGUACCAGAGCACCUGCUUGGCCUGCAGAAGGUCUCAGGCUCAAUCCCAGGAAGCUCUGCAAGUGUUCCCUGCCUGGAACCCUGGAAACCCCCUCCAUGUUGGCAAUACUGAGCUAGAUACUGAGCUGGAUGGAGCCUCAGAAAAGCAGCUUUCAGUGUUCCUAUGCCUUUGGGACAGAAGCCUAGGGCUUCCUUCAUUGGAAUGGGCAAGGGGGCAGGCCUCAACACAGAGGGCGGCUAGCUUGCCACAUUUCAAAGGAAGAGGAUACAGAGCCCAGUGUUUACAAAAUAGCUACCUAGCUGCACUUAACAGCAUGAUGCCUUGGGACAGAAAGUUUCAUGGCACAGAAUCGGGCACCGAGGAGAAAGGUAAAGCAGACACAACAUUGGGGUGGGUGCAUCUGGCCAGCAAGUUGAUAACUCAAUUGCCUGAGCUGAUCUGCACACAUCAUCUAAAGAGGAGGGGCUGUGUGCCUCUGGGCAUGUGUGCAGGCACACACGCAAGACGGCAGGUUGGCUGUGCCCACCUCCGGCCACGCCCACCACUGGCAAUAUGGGGCCCUGCAGGGUUGGACAAGGGUGAAUGGGGCCCCAGGCCCAAGAAAGAUGAAUGGGUGUAGGUGCUUGCCUGCUCACCUGACAUAUGCGUCCAACAAGCAUACCACAAAAUGCCCAAAAUCUCCCAUGGUGUGUGCGUGCUUGUGUGUGUGCGUGCGUGUGUGUGCGUGUGUGUGUGUGCGUGCGUGCAUGCAUGCAUGCAUGUAACUACUUGCCUUCACAACAAGCUAAACAGGAAGCACGUCAUGGGCUGAGCUCACUUUCGGAUCAUCAUUUCAGUGCCCCCCUAUUAUCUGUCCCCACACUGCUGCUCCCAUUCUGACGGCUGCUGCCUUAUCCAAUUGACUAUAAAAAGCUGUCAGUCUAAUGCAACUGAGCUCAAGGUAAACGCACUUUGAAUCAGCCAUCUGCCAGAGCCUCUCACGAGAAAGGCAACACUUAAAGAUGAAUUAAAUCUCUUUCUCUGGACCUUUAAUAUUAGAUAAUUCCUACAGUUUUCCAGUAUUGUUAUUAUUAUUGGGCACAUAUGUCUCAGAUGACCCCUUCUUCUGGAUAUCCAUGUCUGUGUAAAUUUUAUCAAAUAAAUAAAUAAAUAAAUAAAUAAAUAAAUAAAUAAAUGCAAACAUGACCAGAGCACAACAGCACUCUCCCUGCUUGCCUCCACUCGCAACUGACAUUCAGAGGCAUGUUGCCUCUGAUCCUCAAGGCACUACACGGCCAUCAUGACUGGUAGCUACAGACAGCCUUAUCCUCCGUGGCUUUGUCUAAUCCCUCUAAUAGCUGCCCAGGUUGGUGGCCAGCACCACGGUUUGUGGCAGUGAGUUCCAUUAGUCUUUCCUAAACAUUCAGCUUUGAAGGAUGACUCCACCAGGUUCCAGUAUUAUGAAAGAAGGAGAAAGACUCCUCUUGGUCAUCUUUCUGCACACCAUGCAUGACACUAUAUACCUUGACCAUGUCCCGCCCAGUCAGACUAUUAGUCCAUCAAACUCAGUACUGUCAACACAGACUGGCAGCAGCCCUCCAGGAUUUCAGGCAAAGGGACUUUCUCUCUCUCUCUCUCUCUCUCUCUCUCUCUCUCUCUCUCUCUCUCUAUUUUAAAAUUUAUUAGAAACUGCUAAUCAGUUUACACAAAUCAUAAAAUACACACCAAGAUUUUCAAUAAAAUUCAGAAGACAAAAGCAAGUUGACCUAAAAAAAAUAAGAACCGCUUAGAGGUUUUGACAAUAAAGCAAUACAGUAGUACCUUGGUUAAAGAACAGUCCUGUUUAUGAACGAUUCGGUUUACGGACUCCACAAAACCGGAAGUAGUGUCCCGGUUUGAGAACUUUACCUCGGUCUAAGAACAGAAUCUGAACGGUAAAAAGACACUGGCAGCAGGAGGCCUCAUUAGGGAAAGCAUGCCUCGGUUUAAGAACGGUUUUGGUUUAAGAACGGACUUCCGGAACAGAUUAAGUUCGUAAACCAAGGUACCACUGUAUACAAAUUUUUAAAACAGAUUUUAAAAAAUAAGAUUGAUAUGCAUUUUAAUGGGCAAUUUUUCUUUUAAAAAUAAUGUAUUUUUUGAACUGCUGAUUUUAUGCAAGGGGACAUCCUCAACCCUACAUGACGUUGCUGGACACUGAAAACGGGACUUUGCUACAUGCACAGAAUUUAUUCCUCUAUAGAGUUACAAUCUGCUUGGAAUUCUCGGCAUUCUUUUGUCCAACCCUGUAUCCCUGCAAAUCAUAGAAGUAGCAUAAAACCGUUGCUUGGCAUUGCAUCUUCAAAUACACCCCUACGGCUGAUUUCCUUUUUCAUUGUUCCAGAGAAAGAGAACAUACACCAAGCAAGAGGAGAAAGCUCAACACCAUUCACAUGAAAGCUUCUGCUCCCAAACAGCAGCACUGUGGGGGUCAGACCUAGUGAGGUAA